GCCCGCCUCCUCCCGGGUCCCUCCCAGGCCUGGCUUCUGUCCCCAGAGCGCAGAUUCGCGCAAACCCGGAAGCGGAUCGCGUGGAGUGACGGUCCCACCGCGGGGUAUGUGGUAGGCAAUAUAACUGACACACUUCACUCGUUAAUGACACGAAGUGCCACCAGGCGCAGAGGCUCACACCUGUAAUCCCAGAACUUCGGGGAGCCAAGGCGUGCGGAUCACUUGAGAUAUCUCUUCCAAAUGCAUGAUGAAGGAGUUCUCAUCCACGGGACAAGGCAAUACAGAAGUGAUCCACACAGGGACAUUGCAAAGACAUGAAAGUCAUCCCAUUAGAGAUUUUUGCUUACAGGAAAUUGAGAAAGAUAUUCAUGACUUUGAGAUUCAGUGGCAAGAAGAUGAAAGAAAUGGUCAUGAAGCACCCAUGACAAAAAUCAAAGAGUUGACUGGUAGUACAGACCGAAAUGAUCAAAGGCAUGCUGGAAACAAGCCUAUUAAAGAUCAGCGAUCAAGCUUUCAUUCGCAUCUGCCUGAACUCCACAUAUUUCAGCCCGAAUGGAAAAUUGGUAAUCAAGUUGAGAAGUCUAUCAACAAUGCCUCCUUAAUUUCAACAUCCCAAAGAAUUUCUUGUAGUCCCAAAACCCAUAUUUCUAAUAAUUAUGGGAAUAAUUCCCUCCAUUCUUCAUUACUCACACAAAAAACGAGAAGUACACAUGAGAGAAAAAUCUUUCCAAUGUAAUGAGAGUGGAAAAUCCUUUAAUUAUAGCUUACUCUUAAGGAAACAACAGAUAAUCCAUUUAGGAUAGAAACAAUAUAAAUGUGAUGUAUGUGACAAGGUCUUUAAUCAGAAGUGAUUCCUUGUAUGCCAUAGUAGAUGUUACACUGGUGAGAAACCUUACAAUUGUUAUGAGUGUGGCAACACCUUCAGUCAGACGUCAUCCUUUACAUGCUAUCAUAGACUUCAUACUGGAGGGAAACCUUACAAGUGUAGUGAGCGUAACAAGACCUUCGGUUGAAAUUCAGCCCUUGUAAUUCAUAAGGCAAUUCAUACUGGAGAGAAUCCUUAUAAGUGUAAUGAAUGUGGCAAGGUUUUUAAUCAGAAAGCACACCUUGCAUGUCAUCAUACACUUCAUACUGGAGAGAAACCUUACAAACGUGAAGAAUGUGAAAAAGUUUUCAGUCGCAAAUCACAUCUUGAAAGACAAAAGAAAAACUUAAAAGAGA